AUGGCAAACUUCUUGUUGAUGUUUACAAAAAACUUCACCGUAAAUGAUAGUCUUGUAUCGAAGCAUUUACAAAUCAAACUAAAUAGUUUUGAUAGUAACGCUUUCAAAACACUGUCUAGUAAACCUGGGCGUAAGAAAUACUUUCUCCGUAGGAAGAGACCCCCUCCUGUUGAAAACAAUGUAACGUACUGGCAACAUUGUCCGAAGAUUUACCUACCAGCUAGCUAUCAUCUUAAUCAUUGCGAUUUCGAGAUUUGCAUCACGGAAUACGACGUUUGUUUUGAAAGCCACAUUGCAAAAUUUGAACAAGAAGACACUGCUAUAGCUUUAUGUUUAGAUGAUUAUAAAAGGAUAAUUAAUGACUAUGUAAGGAGGACCACUGGUGAGGAUUCGCCAGAAACCUAUUUUUCUGUCAUUUGUCUGUCUGUGUCAUCUAUUGGCUGUCUUCUUACUGUCACAAAAUCUUUGGUGUCUCUGAACACUGCCAGUACCUUACCCACUCCACUGAAUAUAAAAAUGACAUUGUCUUUCACGCUUUUCCUGGCUAAUACAUUUUAUACAGCUUCAAGAUUUUUUACUUACCUUUAUCCAGUUUGUAUGGUUCUUGGAAUUGCCUCGCAUUAUCUUUGGCUGUUAGUAUUAAGUUUCAUGACCACUUUAUGUUUUGACCUGUUUCUUACCACUUUUCGUGUCUUUAAAAGUCGACGGUCCAACAAUUUCCUAACCUAUUUUGUAGCAAAUGUAACGUUUGGCUUAGUUGUUGUGGCAAUUCACAUUCGAUUAAGUUACGGAAUAUCUGGGGGAUCGUGUCUUGGGUAUUCAAAAACUACCUGUUUUAUCGAAAAUGGCAUACUUAAGUUCUUUACAUUAAUCCUCCCAAUAUCUCUAAUGGUCUUUCUGAACACUGUCCUUGUCUUUGUAACUAUUUUCUGUAUCAAAAAGAAAAUGUCUUUUUCAAAUUCUCAAGAUACACAAAUUUUGAAAAUCUAUUUUAAGCUGUCGACGGCUACGGGAAUGACAUGGAUUUUCGGAUUGUUGUACGAAGUGCUUGAAUUGCCUUUCUUUUCACAUAUCCAUAGCCUUUUCAACGGUUGUAUUGGGAUGUUUAUAUUUGCGGCAUUUGGAUAUCAAAUCGAUACUUAG